AUGCGUCUACAGCUACUCCUGCUUGCGCUGGGCGUCUGCGUGUUUGCCCAAAGACCGAAUUCCCAAAUUCGGAUAUACGAUUCAGCAUUCAAGUUCUUGACGAAGGCCACAUGUCAAAUAUUAAAUGCCGAAGUUGACAAACUCGGGGCAAACUUCAUUACCCUCAAUACUACAAUGGGAUCCGGCGAACUCAUAUUGAAGACGGCCCUCAGCGUUAACAAAUUUGUAUGUCCGGUUGGCGACGCAGUACUAUCAGCCACGAACUUGGACAUCGAUUUAGCUGCGAAAAUCGUGAUGACAGCCGAUAAACAUCCGCAACUGCAGAUGGGUGAAUGCAAAGCGAACCUGGGCGUUUUUGAUUACAAGUUCAACGGCGAAUAUUCGGAUCUGCCGAACAUGUUCAAUGACGUUACUGGGAUUUUAGUCAAAAACAUUAUCAAAGACCUAGCCUGCAAAAUCACACAAAACACAAUUUUGACUAGAUACAAUGAGCUAAUCGCUGGUAUCCCACUUCAUUACGAACUUCCGUAUGACUUCUCUCUCGAUUGGGCGCUCUAUGAACCUAAGUAUACAAAGUGA